CGCCAGCAGAAAAACACUUCACGCUCUCGCUGAUAAGAAGCGGACGUUGUCGGCAAAACAAAGCGCAAGCAAUACACAUACAUGCGAUUGGAGUCGCUUGGCGCAGUAUUCCAGAGCAGUCAUCAAGUAGCGGUCGCACUCAGCUGAUCAUUCAGAUAUUUGAUCAUCCAGCCACGACAACGUGUACGCUGUCAAAUCUCGAGAGUUUCAUUUCACGAUUAAAGUGGUCACAUACAUACAUAGGCUUGGAAGAUAAGCUUUUGAAGUGUGGAAAAUUGGAGACGCCGCUGCUAGUCGAAAGCUGUUGAGCGGCGAAACUAUUGAUUUAUCUUUAAAUACAUAUUUUAAGUAAAGUUAGUGGAAAAUGUUUUGGGAGAAAAAAGAACCGGAGCCACCACCGCCACCUAGUGUUUUGCGUAGUCGAUUCAUUGAGUUUGUGGCGGGGUCAUUGGGUGGCGCAGCGCAGGUGUAUGUCUCCCAGCCGUUGGACACUGUCAAGGUGAAACAACAAACAUUUCCAUUUCUCUACAAGAAUAUGUUUGAUUGCUUCGUUAGUACCUACAAGAAGGACGGCAUUAUCCAUGGCCUGUAUGCGGGUAGUGUUCCCGCAGUAAUCGCCAAUGUCGCUGAGAACUCUGUGUUAUUCGCUGCCUAUGGUGGUUGUCAAUCAUUUGUAGCAUAUCUUGUUGGAAAGACACACACUAAUCAAUUGAAUACAACAGAAAAUGCUUUUGCUGGCUUCUUUGCGGCAUUUUUCUCGACAUUCGCGCUCUGUCCAACGGAGUUGGUUAAGUGUAAAUUACAGGCGAUACGCGAGUCGGCGGAAUGUUGUCCAGGCAUACCAGCUAACGAACAUAUCACACCAUGGAAGCUAACUAGAAUUAUUUACAAAACAGAUGGUAUUCCCGGCUUUUUCCGCGGUCUCACGUCAACUUUUAUGCGUGAAAUGCCCGGCUACUAUUUCUUCUUUGGCAGCUAUGAGGCAACGCGCGAAUUUCUUACAGAGCCCGGACAAUCAAAGGACGAGAUUGGUCCACUUAAUACAAUGAUUGCUGGCGCUGUUGGUGGCGUUAUGCUGUGGACAUCGAUUUUCCCUGCUGAUGUUAUCAAGAGUCGCAUACAAGUGCAGAAUCUGAAUCGUGGCAUGUUGUCUGUGGGUCUUGAUAUUUUACGCAAAGAAGGCAUUUGGGCGCUUUACAAUGGACUGUUGCCUUCAGUGCUGCGUACCAUUCCGGCAACCGCAACACUAUUUGUAGUCUAUGAAUAUACGAAAAAGACGCUUCACGAGCACUUAGAUGCGCUGAACGUUCCGAAGGACGGAAACAAGAAAUAGUCGUUUGUCAUAAUUACUUUUAAAUUGUGUUCCUUACAUAUGUAUGUCUGUAUGCACAGAAUUCGCUAAUUUAUUUUGACAUACAUUCAUUUGUAAAUUUAUGCUAAAAAUUUAUGGCGUUCACUAAUUUUCGUUUCAAGAACUGCUGACGAUCCAAUGGGGUUUCUUGUGCGCGCCAUUCGUGCCAAUAUAUCUGCAAUAAUAAAGUAGUCGAUAUAGUAAAUAUUCGUAGUUAAUUUUAAGUACAACUCAAUUUAGCAUAAUUUGGUUUAAAAAAGCGUACAAUUUAACUAUGAAUAUGUAUGUAUGUAAAUGUAAAAUGUUGUCCAUGAUGAAUGUAUGUUCAUUUUAAGAUAAGAAUUUGUAAGGUCAAUAUACAUUUUAUAAACUCAUUAAAAACACAAAAGUUGCAAGAAUGCAAUAUGUACGGCUU